AUGUCAAAACAUACACCAAACCACCCACCUCGUUUUAUUGAGCUUCGUAACAUUCAAGCAUAUGAAUUAAUGAUACUUCUUUCAAUCUUGAACAAAACUUUUAAUAUAACUUUGAAUGUUCCGAGUAAAAAAGCUGUUGUUUUUCAACAGUUUUUGUCUGUUGAAACUUUAUGGAAUAAAAAAGAGUAUUUAAAUGUCAAUUAUAUUGUAAAAGAAAGAUGUGAAAAAAGGAUGAAAAAGGAAGUACAGGAAGGUGUUUCACAGAAAACAGCACUUCGUAGAAAACAUGCGAAUAUGAUUGUAGAAAUGUUACAACUACUCAUUGAUUUUGUAAGGGAACUUGGGUACUUUGUCGAGACGAAAACCUUUGGUGGGAAAAAAGGGACUUUGAAAGAGGAGAAAAUCAUAGGAAUUUAUAUCGAAAAUAAAUUGAUUUGUAAUGAGAAAGAAAUUAAGAAGAAGGGUAAAAUCAUAAUGAAAAAAUACUCAAUAACAUCGAAUGAAAUGAGUAGUAUAGUAAUUCACUUGAACGAUAAUUUUUUACAAAGUGUUUGA